AUGUAUCUCAAACACCUAUUAAUCUCUUCCCUGGCCGCUGGAGCAUUCGCUGCACCCAGCGAGUCAACCACCAAAGCCUGCAAAGAAAUCUCCAAAGCUCUCGGCAAGAAAGUCUCUUUCCCCUACACAAUCAACUUCAACUCAGAAUCAUCCGGAUACUGGUCCACAGCUCUACGCGAGAUCAAGCCCGCCUGCGUCAUCAGCGCCAAAUCAGCAGAAGAUGUCUCCACAGCCGUCACCAUAUUGAACAAGUACCCCGACGUCAAGUUCGCUGCCAAGAGCGGUGGUCAUGACCCCAAUCCUAACCAUGCGACUGCUGGAGACGGUGUGCUUAUCUCUCUGAGUGAGAUGGUUGGCGCUACUUAUGAUGCUGAGAAGAAGAUUGCUUAUGUUAAGCCUGGUGGCGAGUGGAAUGAUGUUAUCUCUCAGUUGAACAAGGAUGGUGUUACUAUUGCUGGAGGACGAUUGGGAUUGGUUGGUGUUGGUGGUCUUUUGACACAGGGUGGAAUUUCUUUCUUGAGUGCUCAGUACGGUUUGGCUGCUGAUAACGUCGUUUCUUGGGAGAUGGUUAACCACAACGGUACCAUCGUCAACAUUGACGCUGAGUCUCAGCCCGACCUUGCCGUUGCUCUCCGAGGAAGUGGCAGCCAGUUUGGCAUCGUCACAAAGUUCACCGUCAAGGCCUACCCCAUCGGCAAAGUCUGGGGCGGCAUCCGCACCUACGACGAGUCCAAGACAGAUGAACUCUACGCAGCCAUGCACAAGUUUAUCCCAUACAGCAACGAAGACCCCAAGGCCGCUAUCAUCACCACCAGCUUAAUCCUCACCGGAAGCAGCAGAAUCAACCUCAUGUUCUACUUCUACGACGGCGAGAAGCCCCCGACUACUGGUCCUUUCGCCGACUUUUUGAAGAUCAAGUCUACUCUUUCAACUACCAAGACGCAAUCGUAUCCUGAGCUGCUCAAGUCCAAUGGCGCUGGGGUUUCUCUUCUGAACUCGAGAAUCUCUUUCCGUACUGCCACUAUCCCUUACUUCCCCAAGGACUCUACAGUCUACAAGCAAAUCACCGACAAGUGGGUCGCCAUCACAAAAGACUACUUUAAGCGUCUCCGCGGUCUCGCCUCUCAAUGCUCCGUCGACUUCCAACCCCUCCCCGCCGCCAUCGGCAAGAACACCGAAGCCCGCGGCGGGAACGCCAUCGGUUUCACCGCCAGCGAUCCUGACCGCGUCCUUCUCGAGAUCCAGUGCGCCUGGGUUGAGAAGAGAUUCGAUAACAUGGUUCGUCAGUUCUCCCGCGAUCUAUCUGAUUGGAUUGAGGAGAAGUUGCCUGAGUGGAUGGAGAAGAACGGAGAGCCUGCUGAUGCUUAUCUUCCUCUUUUUAUGAAUGAUGCUAUGUAUGAUCAGAAUGUUACGGGUACUUAUAAGGAUUAUGCCAAGUUUAAGCAACUGCAGCUUGAGGCUGAUCCUGAGGGCACUUUGAGGGAGAGGAUGGGUGGUUUCAAGUAUUGA